CUCCGGCGAAUCCGAGUCGGCGGCGGAGACGGCGUGGUGCAGUAUCAAAAAUGGCCCUUUACGAGGCGGCCACACAAAUUAAACCGAAAACACCGGAGGAACAGGAAGUGCUGAAGAACCUGUGGUCGAUACGACCGUGUUACUUAUAUAACGAGGAGUACGACGAUUGCACGAGCAUCAAGGCCCGGUUUCACCAGUACUUCAUCCACGGCGAGUCGAUAGACUGCAAUCAGUGGAAGCGAGAUUUCGACAAUUGUUCCCGCUUCGAGAAAGAUCCCAACGACACCAAGAGCGCCCUCGAGCUGGUACGGAGUGAGCAGAGCCGGCGCGAGGAACGGAUGCGAGCACACUACAGCAACAACGUGUGGAGUAAACGGGCCGGUCCGCCGGAAGAUUGGGCCAAACCACUGCCAGAGCACAUGCAGAAAGAGUACGAAACCUCGUUCCUGGCCGCGAAAUCGAAAGAACUGCGUGGUGGAACCCAAACGCCGGACAGUGAAAGUUCGUCCUGCUCAAUCAUGUGAACGGUCGCGAGAGAAAUGGUAAAUCAAUAUUUAAAAAUAACGUA